UCUUCUAUUUCAGUACUAGGGGAGCUUAAUGGCAGCAAGGCGGUGAUUCUUUGUGGGCGUUGUAAGAAGCAAAAGCUGGUGGCAGUAGAUCGAACCCUCAAAGCAAGGACAGAAUACUUCAAGAAAAGUAUGUGACUCCUUGUCAAUUCUUGCAGAAAACUUCUAGACUUCCCUGGACCACUUUGUAGUAGUUAAAUUCAAUGCAAUGAUAAUGUGCAUUUUCUUGCAUUUUAUUUUAUAUUUUAGAGCACUAUGAUACGGCUUGUGUAAAGCAAAAAUCCACAGAAGCCACGAAACAGAAGUCCGCUGUUGAGGUCGCAAAAAUGAGAAAUACCAUGCAACAAUUUCUUGCACGACCCGAUCCCGUCACUAACGCCUCUCAAUCUGGCCCUAACAAUGUUGAUUAUGACUGCGACCGUGAUGAAGAAAUAGACUGUCAUUUCAAUGCCUCUAUGGAGUAAGAAAUAAAAUUAUCUUACUUGUUAAUGUUCAUCUAUAUUUUGAAAAAUAUACCUUUAAAGCGAAUCAGAUUUCUGUAAUGCACUGAAAGCUGUUGUUUUUAUCACGUCACAUCCUUGUGUCUAACCCUGUCGUGAUGUUAGCUUUCUUCAAAUGUUAUUAUUGUAAUAUCUUGUUUGCCCUUAAAUAUGGAGCAUAUGAUAAUGUAAACAAUAAUAAUAAAAAGAUAACAUCUUGGCAGAGAUGGUUAAGUGUCUUAAGUGACCAUACGUGUAAUAGUACGAAUGUGCUUCCACCCUACAGGUUUUCUGAUCAUGAUGUUGGUGAUAGUGACCAAGAUAACGAAUUAAACAAUAAGAGCUAUAAUAUUGACACAGACACCGACCUCUUGACAGCUUCAGAUUCUGAAGACUCCAAAUACAAUUUAGACCUCGAGUCUUACAAUUCAAAUGGUGAAGAGACAGACAGUGACAUAGACAAGGAAUAUUUUAUAUUUCCCAUAUCGCUGGAGAAAGCAGACGAUGUUUGCAUCAGAUUAGAUAGUUUAAUUAAAACUGGCCAAAUUCCUAAGGACAAAAUAUUUUACAAAUAUCUCGAUUCUGUUUCGUAUGCUAUGAUUGACCCAAACCACAAAUAUGAUGAACAAGUCGUCGAAUUUUUCAACUCUGUUAAAUUCCUUGGUGGAGAGAGGACUGUUAACUUUAUCAGGGGUCCCAUGUGGCAUGGCUGUGGCAGUGGUGGAGUUUUCAAUCCAGAGAGCGCUAAACUAAACCUUGGAGGACCCGGACGAACGACAAGAUUAAAGCAUUCAUCGGGAUAUACGACUUCAAGUGGGGUAAUCAAGCCUUGGCUUGAUUCCUUUUUAACACUUGCUGUAGAUCCAUCAGUUGACAUGAAGCCACUUGUUGAUUCACCGAUUGUUAAAGUAAUUGGUGCAGCAAUGGAGAACGAUGGGACAGCCUUAAAGCCUGCAAUACAAUACGACGAGAAACAGCAAAUAAACGUUGGUUUGAAGAUGACCGCCGAUAUAGAAUUUGUUAAGGCUAAUCCAGUCCCAAAAUCUGAAUUUCUAAAAGAGAAUGUGGUUACAGAGGCAAAUGUAACUUAUUUGUCAACGACAGACAACGGGGUUGCCAUGCCAGUCAGUGUCACCUACAAAACCAAGGCAGGCAAAACAGGAGAACAGAUGAAAGAACAGUUUCUCAAUGAGGUUGAGCUGUUGCAAACAUGUCAUUGUUGUAUAAAGGCAGCGGUUUCAUCACAGCAUAUUCUUGAUAAACCUGCUACAGCGAUUUGCAAAAGUGUAUGCCAGGCUUGCAUAGAGACUGCUUCUGUCUGUAACACCUGUCGUGCUCAAGGGCAGCUUAGCCACGUACCAUCUCUUCGUGCUUGCCAACGGUGUCUUCAAUCCAAUGUUCAGUGUUCUCGAGCGGUGGUUCUUGUUUUGGCAUCGGACUGUGAAUCUGGGAACAAAAGAGCAUUUGAAUUGAUUUCUCAGAGCAAGGCUGAUGGAACGUUGCCCCCUCAGUUUAUAUUCGUUUGCCUUCCUGAUGCCGUUCACGUAGGCAAAAGUUUAAAGUGUAGCUUCGCCAACUGGAUGUUGCUGUUGGAUGAGGAGAGAGCAUGUUUGUCAAUGUUGCACACAAUCCGAGAUUCUGAUCCGGAAUUGAAGAAGUUGCUACCAAGAGACAGUGUCCUAAAUAAAGAUCGGAUGGACAUAAACUGUAUACUACAUUUGAGUAAAGAGUCUGUGUUAGCUCGUCUCCGCACCGUCGAUCGCGUGGUGCAUUCAGUUCUCCCAGACAGCUACAAAAUCAGUGAGACCAACAAGGUAGGGCUAUAUCCGCAUCCCGUAGCAAUUUGCCCCGGUGAGCACGGAAAACUUCUCGUUCUGGACUAUGCUCCACUGAAGAACUUCACUAGGCUUCUAGUAGUUAGGCUUCAUGUCCCAGCAGAUGUCAAGGUUGUUGGAGAAUGCCAUAGUGCAGCUAAAUCGCUCGCUUACUGCGAUGGAAUAGCGUAUGUAAGCUGUCCCACAGGAAUACAACUAUUUUCCAUUGCAAAGAAGCCAACGUUACAGUUAAAGAAUCUCAAAAAAGUAGAGCUCACUUCUGAGUUGCAGAAGAGAGGACUUGACACACUCGGAACAGUUCCGGUGCUUCGAGAACGACUCUCUAUGCAUCUAAAGAAUGUAGAAAGAACAUAUGUAGAAACAAAAAGUGACUUGACUAAAGUUCAGCUUUCUCAAAAGAUCGAACCAUCCAGAAUUGCUAAGGCAAGCGAUAGUAUCAUCCUUUGUGCCAGUGAUGUGGACAAGGUUAUCUAUUCCAUUACAUUAGAGAUGGAUGGAGUGGCAGUUAAAGGCAAUGUUACAGUUUUGACAAAAUACUCAGCCUCUUGCACAGAAGCAGUGUCUAUGUGCCUUAACAAUAACAUCCUUUAUCUGUCUCACAAGGGCAACCCAGGCGGAAUCUUAAGUAUUGCAAUGUCAACACUCGAGGAAACCGUGAUCGUACAAAACGGAACUGUAGAAUGCAGUGAAAGCGCACACGUGGCCUCGUAUCUCGCUGGUAUAGUUUAUGUGGACAUUGGAAGCCUGCAAAUAAAGACGAAGAUCUGUGGUGAGGAGGCCUUAGUUAUUGCUGGCACAGGAAAGGAAGGCAAUUCGAAUGGAAAGGGAGACCAAGCAACAUUUGCGCAGCCUAUGGGCAUAUGUGUGGAGCACGAUAAGAACAUAUUCAUCACCAAUGCUCAAACAGGCUCUGUGAAGCUAAUUACCUCAAUAAAAGGCAUUGUAAAGUAUUUAAGCCACCUUGGUCUCCUGUAUAAAGCCUUUUCUGUUCAUAUGAAACAUCAGACUGUACCAAAACGUUCCCUACAACAAGCAAUCGAGCUUCUGGAAGAACUUGACAGUUACUUGGAAAAAACAACAGAAAAAGCGUUGUCGCAUAGCAACGAUGUAAACGAUGCCAGCACAGGUAAACCAAGCGGUUCUCAAGGAACUAUUUCUAAUCAGACAAAGCGUUCGGUUAACAUGAUAUUAAAUGGACUGAAAGAUCUGGAGGCGUUAGUUAAAGAACAUAACCCAAGCUUCGCCAUUGAUCUGUACUCUUGUCUAACAGUUCAGGUUGAAAACCUACACGCAGUUGGUCAUUUCAAGGACCAGUUUCCUACCCUUUUGCAGUACGCACGGAAUCUGGCAAAUACCGUAUACGAAAGCAUUAAGCGUGUAGUACCCUGGAGUGCCUACUACUUCACACAUGAUAAAUCAUAUUAUCCCGUGUUGCGCCAGAGCACUCCACUAAAUGCCAUUCCGAAGCUGGAGCAUCUUAAGGCAAGAAGGGAGUUAAAUAGGCAGGAAAAAGACCUCAUGAUUGAGUGGGCGACAAAUAAUGGGAGGGCUGCACGACAGAGAAGUGUGAGACAAGAGACCACCAUGUUCAAGGCCGGAACAUUGCCGUUAAACAUGUACAGAACAUCAGACUAUCCUAAAGAUAAAGUCUCAUUCAGCCCUAACACUGUCGAAGAGGAGACUGUUACUUCUGCUACGACCGUUACGACUGUUACGCCUUCUACAUCGCACGAGGCCAUUGAAGAUGUUCAAGUAGUAGAGGAAGCCGAGGUAGAAGAGGAGGAAGAGUAUGACACUGACUCAGACGCUGAAUAUCCUAUUGCUGACAAUUACGAGGUAGAUUCUUUCGACGAUUUGUUGUUUCUUCGGGCAGUUACAACGCGAAGUGGACGAAUGGUCAGAGUCGUCCAUCGAGAGUGA